ACAGGCGGGAUUAUACUGUGCGGUAUCCCGUCGCUUCACCAUGCCUGUGGGGAGUAAAGGAGUCGCUGGGAUUACUGCGUUUAUCGGCUCCUUGCUGCUGCUGCUGCUCGGCUCCUGUGGGACAGGUGCGCAAGAAGCAUGUGACGGCCCACUGGUGUCCAGUUUGCCUCCAUCGUCCUUCAGAAGCUCCUCCCAGUUGUCCAGCAGCCAUGGACCAGUGUUUGCUAAAGUCAACAGGAGAGAAGGAGCCGGAGGUUGGUCUCCUCUCGUCUCCGACAGAUACCAGUGGCUGGAGGUGGACUUGGAGAGGCGGACCCAAAUCACAGCUGUCGCCACGCAGGGUCGGUACGGCAGCUCUGAUUGGCUGACGGCAUACCUGUUGAUGUUCAGCGACACGGGACACAACUGGAGACAACACCGACAGGAAGACAGCUUAGGGGCUUUCCCGGGUAACAGCAAUGCAGACACGGUGGUUCAGUACAAACUGGAUCAGCCCGUCAUCGCUCGAUACCUCCGCCUGGUGCCACUUGACUGGAACCCCACCGGACGAAUUGGACUCAGACUGGAAACAUAUGGAUGUCGAUAUACUUCUGAUGUGGCAAACUUCGACGGCAGCAGCAGUCUGGUCUUCAGGCUGAGUGUUCGGCCGAGCCGGACGGCGACGGAGACGAUCUCUCUGAAGUUUAAAACCAUGAGGAAUUCUGGGACGCUGCUCCACGCUGAGGGUCAGAGAGAUCACAGCCUCACUCUGGUGUUGGAUAAAGGACGACUGCUGCUUUAUCACCAACAAGAUGUGAGUUCUUCCUCUGGCGGUCAGCUCCUUGUUUCUCUGGGAAGUCUCCUGGACGACCAGCACUGGCACCGUGUAAAGCUGGAGCGGCUCAGCACGCACAUCAACCUCACUGUGGAUAAAAACACGCAGCAGGUUCACAUACCAGCCGAGCUCAGCCACUGGGAUAUUCGCCAGCUGAGUGUUGGAGCGGUGCAGAGCCACGGGCUGCAGAAACCCAUCUUGUCCAACAGGAACUUCCAUGGCUGCCUGGAAAACCUGCUGUACAAUGAGCUCAACCUUAUAGACCUGACAAAACACAACAACCAGCAGGUCACCACACUGGGCAAUGUGACCUUUUCUUGUGCUGAGCCGGUUUCAGUCGCUGUGACGUUCACCGACUCCCAAAGCUUCCUACAGUUGCCCGGACUUCCAUCGUGGUCAUCGGGUGUGGUCGCUGUGGCGCUGCAGUUCAGGACAUGGAACAAAGCGGGGCUGCUCCUGACCUUUGACCUCCCGCAGCUGGAGAGCACAGUCUGGUUGUACCUGAGCGAGACCAGACUCCGCCUACAGAUCAGUAAAGCAGGCAGGGCCACACUGGAGCUCAGUGCAGGUUCAGGUCUGAAUGAUGGUCAGUGGCACUCGGUGGAGAUGAUCUCCAGAGAAGAUUGUCUGAGCAUCACUGUGGACAAAGACGAAGGAGCCACGGCUCACACCAGCAUCCCACUUCCUCUAACCACGGCUAAUCAACUCUUCUUCGGGGGUUGUCCUGCUCAGCUGAACAGUCGGGAGUGUACGAACCCGUUCACCACGUUUCAGGGCUGCAUGCGUCUCGUGACUCUGGACGAGCAAACUGUGGACCUGAUUAAAGUACAGCAAAGACUGCUGGGAAACUACAGCCACUUGCAGAUCGAUAUGUGCGGCAUCAUCGACAGGUGUUCUCCCAGUCACUGCGAACAUGGAGGUAGAUGCAUUCAGUCCUGGAGCACCUUCCACUGCAACUGCUCCACCAGCGGCUACACAGGAGCCACCUGCCACAGCUCAACUUAUGAGCAGUCGUGUGAGGCGUACAAACACAGAGGCAACACAUCAGGGCAUUAUUACAUAGAUGUUGACGGCAGCGGACCAAUCAAACCCCAGCUCAUCUACUGCAACAUGACAGAGGACAGGGCGUGGAUGGUGAUCCAGCACAACAACACUGAGCUCAACAGAGUCCACUGGUCUCCUGAACGAAUCCAAUACUCAGCCCACUUUGAUUACUACGAUUCUGAGGAGGAGCAGUUACUCGCCAUCAUCAGCCAAUCAGAGCACUGCGAGCAGUCACUGUCGUACCACUGCAGGAAGUCCCGCCUCCUCAACACACCAGAGGGGGCUCCAUUCAGCUGGUGGGUGGGAGGUCCGGGCUCAGGUCAGAUCCAGACGUAUUGGGCUGGAGCUCAGCCGGGCAGUCGCCAGUGUGCCUGCGGUCUGCAGGACGACUGCCUGGAUUCACAUCACGACUGCAACUGUGAUGCCGACUACGACCAGUGGGCCAACGACUCAGGCGUCCUCACCCAUAAGGAGUCUCUUCCGGUGAGGUCUCUGGUGCUCGGUGACGUCCAGCGGCCCGGGUCGGAGGCAGCCUACAGGGUGGGACCGCUCCGUUGUCAUGGAGACAAGAACUUCUGGAAUGCUGCAUUUUUCAAUAAGGAGACGUCUUACCUGCACUUCCCCACCUUCCACGGCGAGCUGAAUGCAGACAUCUCCUUUCUGUUUAAAACCACGUCCUCCUCUGGGGUCUUCCUGGAAAAUCUGGGCAUCAAGGACUUCAUCCGCAUCGAACUCCGCUCCUCCUCCGAGGUCGUCUUCUCCUUCGACGUUGGCAACGGUCCACUGGAGGUGCGAGUGAAGACGAGCGUCCCGCUGAACGACGAUCGGUGGCACAGCGUGCGAGCCGAGCGAAAUGUGAAGGAGGCGUCACUUCGGGUCGAUGAGUUCCCGGCCGCCACGCAGGAGGCUCCUGCUGACGGGCACAUUCAUCUGCAGCUGAACAGUCAGUUAUUCAUAGGAGGCACCGCGUCCAGACAGAAAGGUUUCCGCGGCUGCAUCCGCUCUCUGCAGCUGAACGGCGUCACUCUGGACCUGGAGGAGAGGGCGAAGAUCACCCCCGGGGUCCGACCCGGCUGCCCGGGUCACUGCAGCAGCUACGGCUCUCUCUGCCAGAACCAGGGUCGCUGUGUGGAGAAAACUAACGGCUUCUCUUGUGACUGUGGUCCGUCCGCCUUCACUGGAGCCUUCUGUCAUAAAGAGGUCUCUGCCAGCUUCAAGUCCACAAUGUCCAUCGCCUUCGUCCUCGAGGAGCCGUACGAGCUGAGCGGCAACAGCAGCGCUCCGUCUCCGUCCAUCUUCUCUGACAUGACGCUGAGAGGGGAAAACAUCUCUCUGAGCUUCAGGACGCUACAGAGUCCGGCUCUGCUGCUCUACGUCCACUCUUUCUACAAGGAAUACCUGGCGCUGCUGAUCAACGAACACGAUGAGCUGGAGCUGAGGUACAAGCUGCACAGCAGCAGAGAUGUGGAGACGUUGGGCAGCAGAGUUAUGAACUUGGCUGAUGGACGUCUGCACACAGUGACCGUCAGGAGACUGGCAGACGCUGUGUCCGUGCAGAUUGACCAGAAUGCCAGGGAGGACUUCAACCUGUCGUCCGAUGUGGAAUUCAGCAGCAUGAAGUCGCUCAUUCUGGGCAGAGUCCAGGAGUCCGAUGAGCUGGAUGCCGAGCUGGCCGAGCUGGCCGCCCUCGGCUUCACCGGCUGUCUGUCGGCUGUUCGCUUCAACUCCAUCAGUCCUCUGAAAGCCGCUCUGCUGCAUCCUGACGGGGACGCCGUCGUCACCGGUCCACUGGUCCAGUCGAGCUGUGGCUCCUCCUCUCCAGCCAAGUCCUACACGGCAGAAACCACUCGCUCCUUGUCAGAUCAACCUGGUUCGGUGGAUCCAGGUCAACCUUUAGUCAACGCUAUCAGGAGUGACUCGGCUCUAAUUGGAGGGGUGAUAGCCGUCGUGAUAUUUGUCACCGUGUCUGCGUUGGCAAUCAUGGCCAGAUUCAUCUGCAGCAGAAAAGAGACGUACCGAAACCAAGAAGUCAAAGCGGCGCAGCCCGAUGAUGGCCAGGAGUUUCCCUUCAGCAGCCCGGUGGACUCUCAGGGCGCUGCCAGUGAAAACCAGAAGGAGUAUUUCAUUUAGAAGCAGCCCUGAACCCCCACUGACCUCAGGGGACGGAGCGCUCAGUGCUUUACGAGACCCCACAGAGCCCCUCAGUCACUGGUACCAGUGCAUGAAGACGAUGGGAAGUCAGAAACAGAACAAUCCAUGACAUUAUUCAUUCCCCUUCCGUUUGUACAUAUUGUACACAAACUGGAAAAAGUGUUCAAAGUGGAUUUUGAGUCAUCGGUGCUGUGUAUUUUGAGGAUGUAAAUAUCUACCAAUAUUAAAAAAUGUAAAUGUUGAGUUGUCUGGAUUGCCAAGCUGUAAUGUUAUAAAAUUAUUUAUUAAAAAGGAAAAAAACGCAGAAUCGAUAGUAAGAUUUAAAAAAAACAACUUUGUUCCAGUCGAACUUGACUUUUUGGACUUGAUUUAUAAGCAGAACUUUUUCUACGAGGAUGAUAUGAAACUUCUGUGAAAUCUGAGCUGUCGGAGCCAUAUGUGUGAAAUCGUGAGGAGACGGAUUCGGCUGAGUGGACGGUUGACGUGUGUCAAAGCACAGACCCAG